CCCUUGCGCCCCAUUCGCCGGAACCGGAAGCGUAAAGACGGAAGCAUGCGAAGAGUGAGCCGGCAGCCCUGUGACGAUGGUCCUCUGCUGGAGGAGCAGGAGACCGAGGGACAGCGGCAGCUUCACAGCCUCCUGCUGCAGCAGCUUCACACCGACGUGGACUUCCAACGAUGUCUAGCCAAGAAGAAGUGCUUCGCCCCAGCAGCGCUCUACAAGCCGUUCGGGGAGCAGGCCGCCGGAGUGAGGAGCCUGUCCCAGUUCCAGGCCCUGCAGGACGGGGAGAAGGAGCAGGCCGGUCUGCGGGAGCUGGGCCUCACUGAUGCUGAGAUCCAGGUGUGGCAGAGCAGAGACACACCUGGGGCGAUGGAGAAGUCCCACGGAGUGUGCGUAGCUCCGGGGGCAAAGCAGCAGCGUCUCCAGGUGAUCAGAGACAAGAUCGAAGCGCGGGACGAGCUCCUGGCCCGCCCACAGCGCUUCGCCACCAGCCAGCCGCUGUCACGCCGGGAGAUGGAGAUCGAACAAGCUCUGUUCCAGGGAAACGAGCGGCUGGGUUUCCUCUCUGCACUUUACCACCGAGAGGAAGAUAAACACGAUGGACAACAGCAGACAACGUCCUCCAAUCAAAUGGACACUCUCUACAGAGACGUUCUCAGUGCGGAGAGACAACAAGCGUCUUCAGAGGACUGGGAGGAGGAGCUAUCACAAGUGUCCACACACAGAACUUUAUCUGACCAAUCACAGACCUCACAGACAGAGAACGACCAAUCACAAGACAGGACAGAGAAUCUCUCAGCACCGAAGGAUGAAAACAGGAGAUCAUCAGAGGAACCAGAGUCCGGUGGAGACGCCUCAGAGCAGCAACACAAACAGGAGCCGACACGACCAGCUCCUCCGACAAAGAUGAAGAUCAACCAGCCAAUCGGCAGUCUGGAUGGAGCGGCGAAGGCGGGGCCAGUGACUCUCAGAGGAAAGAUCGAGACGAUCACGGACGAGGAAAUCCUGCAGAACCGUGAAUGUGAGGACGGGAUCCGGAGCAUCCCGAGGUUCCGAAGCUACCAGCCAGGAAAACCCUCCAAGGUUCUGUGUGUGAAGAACCUGAGUGCACAGGCGUCCGCGGCCCAGCUGGUGGCGCUGUUCUCCAGGUUUGAGCCGGAGCACGGGCCUUCAGUCGUUUACCGGCUGCUGACGGGAAGGAUGAAGGGUCAGGCCUUCGUCACUCUGCCAGAUGCUGAAACGGCCCAGAAUGCUUUGCGGUUGAUCCAUGGAUACCGGUUGCUAGGGAAACCGCUGGUGGUCGAGUUUGGCCGAGAGCGACAGGAGGAGGAGAAACAGAAGGAAGAGCAGCAGGAGGAGGAGAAUAAUUUAUAAUGUUUAUAAUACAUCAAUAAUACAUCAGUACAUAUUUAUUAACUGUAAAAAGUUGUCGUCUUCAGCAGUUUCAUUUUUAAUAAAUGUCUGUUUUACAUCAAACUGUUAAAAUGAAAUAAAACAACUUCUCUUUU